CCGUGUUACAUCUGAGUUCGGGGCUAGAUUCGUCUGGAGAAGAUCGAAAGCUCUACCGGCUAAAUCAUAAAUCACCGUGCUACAUUUCAGACACGUACAUGGCUCGCAGCGAGGCGUUGAGAAGUGUAGCUGUUGUGACAGUACUCUCCUUCGUUGUAAGUUCCGUGGGGAAAUGGACCGGUGACCCGACAUUUUCGAAAGACAGCAUUCGGCUCACCUGGGACCUAACAGGUGUGGACGACUCCUUCGUGAAAUAUGUGGUGCAAAUGCAUCAAGUCAACAGCACGAUCAGAAAUUGUAGUGACGUAUACUUACCAUGGGAACCAAAGGAACAGGGAAUCCCAAGAUAUGAGCUGACAGAAGCUACCUUCACAGGCUUGCAUCCGGGCACAAUCUACUGUCGUAACUGCACAAUUGUGACAACGAAUGGUAGCAGAAGCUGUGGAGAAUUGCAGGCAAUAAUUACAGCUGGUAUCAACUCGACCGACCAAGGUGAUAGGUUCUUCAACUCUACAUCAGUCACCAACAGCACAAUCACAGUCUCCUGGUCGAGCUUUACAGAGCAGGAGCGAAGAAGUUCUUUUGCCGUCAGAUAUUUCUCAUACUACAUGCUCGACAUUUCACCACGAGAGACUGACUCCAACACUCCGCAGGUUUUCUACAACGAGUCGGACUCUGAGGCAACAUUUGUCAGACUUACACCCGGAAAGGAAUAUCAAAUUCAAUUGGCAACAGUCGGCAUAAACUAUCGCCGUGUGGAGAAAGGAUUUGUUUUAAAGGAUGGCAUUAUGCAAUAUAUGACUACUGCCAUCAUCGCAACGGAUCCUUCUCCGGUGGAAAGAGUGUCCAUACUCAUCACGGGUUCGACAUACGUGACUUUGAACCUGAAACCCCCGACGGAAGGGUUCGUAGACAUGUUUCAACUACGGACAACAUCAUCACACCACACAAGCCCUCUGAUCGACGUGCCUUUCUCGGAGAAACAAAGAAUUGUCACUGCAACUUUGUCCAACCUGCAGCCCAAAACCUGGUACAACCUGUCAGCCGUUACUGUUGCCAAUGGAAGGAGGGGACAGGCGAGGUUUGUCACCUUCAGGACAGAGGCCGUCACUGUCGAUCCAAGGCUUGUGGGCUCGGUCUCAGCUGCUCUCGUGGUCAUUCUGAUUGUGGCAGUCUUCUGCACUGUGCGGGUAGUCAAGCGGCUCAGAUACAAGUUGGACCCGGCACAGUUAUUCAAGGAAGUGCUUGAGGACAUCGUUGGGUCUGAGAAGAUGGAGCCUUGGCUGAAGAACAGAAAGGACCUCUUUCUUGAGGAGCUGAUCGGAGAGGGAGAGUUCGGUCACGUGAGGAAGGGACUCCUGAGGGAAAAGAGACAACAUGCCGUGACUGUAGCUGCCAAGACCCUCAGGGUAGACCGAGCCAAUGAGACGACCUACCGGGACUUCGCGAAGGAAGCGAGUCUGCUGGUAGAGGUUAACGAUGAUGGAGGCCACGUGAACAUCGUCCGGCUGAUUGGACUGGUAAUUGAUGGAGUAAAAAAGAAAGACCCGCGGUACAUUCUUGUUGAGUACGCUGAGCCUGGGGAGUUACUGUGGUAUCUGGUGAGCAUUCAGAACAACCGACACCAGGCACAGUUCCCGCCGGGCUUGGGACGACAGCUCACCGAGGUGGCCAUCGACAUCGCCCGGGGGAUGCUUGAGCUCAAGCGCCGUCGGAUCACCCACCGUGACCUAGCGUGUAGAAACAUCGUCCUGACCUCUCCUGCCGGGCAGGCAGGACGGUUGGUCGCCAAGAUCUCCGACUUCGGACUGGCCCGUGACGUGUAUAUUACAACACAGUACAUGAGGCAUCCUUUGACCAAUAUUUUGCUCCCGAUCAAAUGGAUGGCGAUAGAGUCCCUGAUCGAGGGUGUUUACAGCUGCAAGAGUGACAUGUGGGGGUUCGGAGUCGUGCUGUGGGAGAUAGCUACUUUGGGAGGCACGCCUUAUCCGGAGGUUUGUGGGUACGAGACGCUGGUGACCAGACUCCGCCGAGGGUACCGCCUGCAGAAGCCGAACGGCUGUUCGGACGAGCUGUAUGAAGUGAUGAACCUGUGCUGGCUGGAUGACCCGGAUGUGAGGCCCACGCCUGACGUCAUAGAUGACAUGUUGGAGCAGCUACUGCAUCAGGACAAGGCUUUCUUUCCUGACACAUGAGAGAGAGGUAUUGGGUAGGCAGAAGUUGUGUUUAAUAUUUCAAAUAUCUUAGCCAAUUCUGUCUCUUAAGUGACAAUAUGUCUAGGCCUUAGAACCAGUUAUUUUUGGGAUAGGAGUGGCUGGAAUUUCUUGCCUCUCCCUUCAAGUGGUAAAAAAGCCUUUUCACUGCUAUCCACUGACCUAACGUCUGCUUGGAGAAUAAAAACCAGUUACUUUAGUGGUACAAUUCAUUCAUAUAUCGACUUGUUAGUCUGUGACCAGACCCUCUGGUCGACAGACUUUUAGU